AUGGCGAUCAUCAAGUAUCUCGUUCGUGUUGCUAGCUUCGCCGCGCAGCGGUUCGUGGCCGCGCGAGUCACCGUGAACCCGGAGCACAGAAGCGGGAACGUCUUCGUCCCAGUCGGUGUCGCGGUUGGGUCCUCGCCCCAGGUCGCGACCCAACAGUUCGCGCCGUUCACUCUUGACCAGACGAGCCCUGUAGCCACGCUCGACUACGGUGGCGAGAGUGCUGGUUACCCCUAUUUCGAGGUGUCCUCACUCACCGGGGUGGUCCAGCUUGAGGUAAAAUAUACCGAGGAAUUCGACGGUCUCAACCGUCCCUUUAGCGACGGGCCCUUUGCAUACAGCAACCAGCUGGGGAACACAUUCCGCGUGGAGACUUUCAACAUUACAACCGAGGGGAGGCUCGUAGCUCCGCUUCUUCAGGGCGGACAGAAGUGGCAGUCUCUCCGUCUGCUGACAUCGGGCUCCGUCUCUUUCUCAGACGUCGGCUUCGAGGCCACGGUCGACACAGUCCUGCCGGAGGACCUGCCAGGCCAGUUUAGCAGUGACGACGAAGUCCUGAAUGAAAUCUGGAAACUCGGUGCCAGAGCAGCCACGGUGGCUUGUUUCGACAAGGGAUCACAGAAGGCCAUCUGGGAGAUCGACCCAGAGAGGGGCGUUUUGGCGAGGAACACGCGCCCGUCCUUGACAGCAAAGGCUACGUCUUGGGGUAAUUACACACUAGAAUUUGAUACACUGAUUCAGAGGGGAGGCAGCUGGUGGACAGUGGCGGCACCCAUUAAGGGGAACGGCUACACAAUGCUUCUCACCGGGGAGCUUCCAGAGGCCACACGGUUCGAGAACACAAAUACCUCCCUGACGCCACCGAGCACUAUCUCGCUAGCAUUUGGUGUUGACUUCGUCAACCAAACGACGCUGCCUACAUGGGUCCUGGAUGUCUUCCAAGUCCCAUUUGCAGUCAAGGAGGACAUAUGGUAUCACAUCACAGCCUCAUUGUCAACGAGCGGGUAUUUGGCGGUCUCUAUAGACGAUACACAAAUAUUCAAUGUCUCCCGGAACGCAUACCCCUUCGCAACGGGAGCCUUUUCAGGCACCUUUGGCUUCGGCGCGUACCAGGACCAGGCAGCUUACUUCAGGAACGUCCAAGUCCACAACACCGCCAAUGGUACAUCCCUCUACACCAACGCCCUCACGAGCGAGGAUGUGCUGACCGAGUACGGCACCGCGGAUCUCGCCGGGAGCGUUUGCCUCGAUGGACCAAAACGAGAUCGCCUCGUAUGGCUGGGCGACUUCUACCACACCUCGCGCAUCGUGGCGGCGAGCACCUCUCGGAUUGACCACUCCAGGGGCACGCUGCAAUUCCUGCUCGACUCGCAGAUCGCCAACGGCCAGCUCAACAUCUCCCCAAACCUGGGCUACGACGCCAAGGUAUACGCCCAAGCCAUGGCGGCGCCGGCGGCCAGCUUCGCACUGCCGGACUAUCAGAUCCUGGGGCUUAUCUCGUUCGCAGACCAUGUGCGCCUGCAUAACGACAUCGAGUGGGCACGAGAGACGUGGUCUGGAUGGCAGAAGAGCAUCGACUGGCUCCUUGCGACGGUCAACACCACCACAGGGCUCGUAACGCUGCCCAGCUCUUUUGCUUUCAUCAGCGGUGCAGUCAACGGGUCACCGGUCUCGUGCGCUGCGGUCCAGGCGCUGCGAUCGCUCGCAGACGUAGCGGCUGCAGUGGCAGAUGCUGAGUCGGCGGAGCGCUACAACGCAACCGCAUCAUUGCUAGCCGACGCCAUUAACGAGAGGCUGUGGAACGACGAUAUCGGGGCAUACUCCAUCGACAUCUACAACACCACGGCCAUCUCAGUUACAGGGACCGCCUUCUGCAUCACGUCAGGCGUGGCCCCGGCAGACCGGACGGCCCGGUCCAUCUCGGCCCUGUCAGCCCUUCGCCUCGGUCCGGGCUACAAGGACACGUCCGCCGUGUCAACUUCCGACCCGGCAAUCAACAUCUCGCCCAACACCAACGGCUUCCUCCUCUCGGCCUUGUUCCAGGGCAACGCGACCGCCGAGGCGCACGAGCUUCUCAGGGGCCUGUGGGAGCCCAUGCUCACGAGGCCGGAGACCAGCGUCGGCACGAGCUGGGAGUACGUCAACGCCGCGACGCUCAAGCCCGGGCUGGGCAUGUUCACCAGCCUCAGCCACCCCUGGGGCGGCGCCCCGACGUACGUUCUGACCGAGUGGGCGGCGGGGGUGCGGCCCGCGGCAGGGCUCGACGGCUUCGGGUACAAGUCGUGGGUCGUGGCGCCUGAGACUGGCACCAAGAUCGGGCUGAAGAAGGUGAGCGCGACGGUCUCCACGGCUUAUGGGGACCUCGUUGUCGAGUGGCAAGUUGAGGGUCAGAGCGUGUCGGCCACGAUCCACGCGCCGGCCAACACGAGUGGCAGCUUUGUGUAUGGGGAGCAGGUCGUUCCCUUGAGUGGGGACUCGACGUAUCAGUUCUCGAUAAAUAUCCCAGCUUGA